AUGACCUCCGGAAACCGUCACGGCGGAAAACGCCUACCCAUAAGCUGUCAAGCAUGUCGAACCAGAAAAAUCCGCUGCUCUCGCGACAAACGACCAUGUCAAACAUGUGUCCGGCGAGGCUUGGGCGCAGAGGACUGUGUCUACCUGGGCCAACCGCGAUUAUCAUCCGAGCAGUCAUCUUCAUCAGAUUCACUUGUGCAGCAAGAAUUACUCGCGCGAAUUCGCAAUCUUGAAAAUUUAGUUCAGAGACAAGCGAGAUCGAACUCGCUAGCUGGGUUGCAAAACAGCAGCAACUCUCUUUCUCCGCAGACAACUAGCUCGUCGGAACCUGAUAGUGCUAUUGGGCUGGGGCCACUGGAAUCAAUGGGCUCUGGUAUGGCGAAUAUGGGAUCUUUGCAGACGUUUUCUUCGGGGCAUGUUCGAUAUAUGCCGUUAGCGUCGCAGUGGAAUUCGGUGGUGAAUAAGAGUUCCACUGGUGAUUGUUUGCAGAAUGUUGAUACGGAAAUUCCGGAUGAUGAUGAUGACUUGCAGAUUCCGUUGGUCAGAAACGGGAGUGCUUCGAGGAGUGAGUUGUUGGGAGUUCUUCCGCCGGGGAGAUAUUGCGAUACUUUGAAGAAUGUGUACUUUCAAGUCUUUUCGCCGCUAUUUCAUAUCCUCCAUGAUUUGACCUUCGAGGCAGAAUAUCAACAAUUCCGACACGACGCCGGAAGCGUAUCAACAUCAUGGCUUGCAUUACUUUUCACCAUCCUAGGCAUAGCAGUGACUGCACUUGACGACGAUGAUCCCUUACUCUCCGACCUAGGCCGCGAAAAGACAGUCAGUCGCAAUAUCAAAGUCCUAUCAGCGCGCUACCGCUCCGCCGCAAUGCGAUGCUUAGCAGCAGACGGCGUUGUAUCGCGACACUCCAUCAACUCCCUGCAGUGUCUCGUGCUCAUUAACUACGCCCGCUCUCAUCGAGGACUGCCAACAUGGACACUGAUCGGCUUCACCCACCACGUCGCCAUCUCAAUGGGUUGUCACAUCGACCCUGAACGAUUCGGUCUAGGUUCUAUCGAGCGCGAGGAACGAAGGCGCGCAUGGGCCGGCCUGAUGAUGCUGUACACCAUUCAGAACGCCUCCUUCGGUAGUCUGGAUCAGCGCCUUCUCGCACAAGACGUUAAACUCCCCUCAGAUGUCAACGAUGUGGACCUCCUAACAGGAACACCCUCUGAGCCAGUCCCGCGCCCAACGCAAAUGACCUAUCUCCUACUAAAAUUCCGCCUCUACAAAGUAUCCGCCAUGAUCUGCGAAUCUAUCUUCAGCUUCCCCUACAGGUCUCGAACUAGUACUCCGCAACUCGAGUCUGAAAUCGUGGCUAUACAGGAAAUGUGCGAUGAGCGGUACCAGCUUGAUACGACACAUGAACCACUACCUACGCACCACAUAGCAAACAUGAAUAUCCUCUAUAGCUAUAUCCACCAACUCUUCCUCUUACUUCUCCGCCCCACGCUAUGUCGGUACUUCCAGGGCGAGAUUACACCCGAGACAUCCGCGUCGAGGGCUAAAUGCGUCGCUUCUUCCAAGGCAUCGCUGACAAUUUACACAUCGCUAUCCGAAUCGCCCCAGUUUGCGCCGUAUAAGUGGUACAAUAGCGGUUUGGGAAGCUUUCAUGCCUUUCACGCUGCCGUCGUUUUAUCGGUUAUCCUCAUGAACCCGGAGAGUCAGGCGGAAUUCGUCGAGGUAAAGGAUAUCCUCUGGAAGUCGCUUGGUGUCUUUGCUGCGCUAUCAAACCGCAGUGCGUUUUGCAGUAAGGCAGUGCCUAUUUUACGACAGAUCAUUGACGUUGCCACAACCCGCUACCAUCAACACCACCACCAUCAACACCAACAACACCUCCUAAGUUUCUCCCCCAUGGCACCAACAACCAACUCCUCCCCUGCUACUCACACAAACAUGAACACACCAUACAGCCAACACCACUCCACCCCCGCAGCAAUGAUCGAUGAAAGCCUUAUGGACCCGUUCUUCGCGCAGAUGAGUCCGCAGAACUGGGUUAGUCCGGCUGCGAUGCCGUGGGAUGGAUGGGGGUUUUUAUCGGCGGAGGGGUUUGGGAUGCAACAUGGUUGA